CUGCACACAGUUAUCAGGUUAAUGCGCGCCUUUCCCGUUCGAUUGCUGUCUCUGUCUUGGUCUACCGUGCCUUCGUCUUUGCCUCAGGCGGCUCAAGCACAUCUGAGCCAUCGACCCGUCAGACUAGAUCCAUCUAUCUCGAAUCAUGGUUCUGAAGUUGACCUGCAGGGUCUAUUUGCCCUCACACGUGUAAGGGUCCGCGCCCCCGACAAUAUACGAGACGAGACACCACCACUGCCUCUUCCCUCACCCGUGAUCUGGCUCCAGUUCCAGCUCCUGCGUCCUGCAACGCUCGUCAGCUCCCUCAAAUGGCGUAUGCCUCGGUCGCCCAGGCUGAGCAUGAGGCCGUAUAUCGCGAGUCCGAAGCUGCUGACUCCGUCCACCAUCAUCCGCGUUCCUACUCACCUGCCCGCUCUCCAAUCCUUCCCGAAAUCUCGAGUCCACCGCUGUCCCUCCCACUGUUCGAUCACUUCUCGCGAGAUGGCGAUCUUUCGGUUGUCUCUCAAGCGGGACCAAGUUCCGUAGGCGUGGGGUCUCUUCUUAAGUCGCUGUCUUCCUCGCAGUCGUACCAAAUGGUAGAAGAGGAUGACUACGAGGAGCCGAUGCCCAGAUACCCAGAACCUCUAGCACUGCGAUCGAAAAUGGACGGUCUGCCUUCCGCACAGGACACACCCACAUUCCAGAAAGAAGAUACUCCAAUCAGAACAGCCUCAAUCAGCCGUCACCUGCCCUUGAACCACCCGACCCCGGAUUUGCAGUCGCUGCAAGGGGCGUUGGUAAAAAAUGUGGAACGUCUGGAAGAAAGCGCGGAGCGUCUGAGCAUGACCUCGAGCCUAGAGGAUGGGCUGAACAAGAUGAAGCAGGAUCAAAAGCGCCUGGAGCGGCAGUCGUCUGCUCCGGCGAAUCUAGACAACGCCCUUCGCCCGGCGGUCCAGAGACAAUACUCGACGGGAUCAUGGUCGAAUUCAAUCAUCGGCGUCAAUCAGAUGGCCAGGUUGGGAGGAUAUUCUCCCUCAGGCUACCAGAUUACAUCUCCAACUGGUUCAAUUCGCUCCGGACCCUAUCCGCAUCAGCAACACAUUGAGCGUCACUCUUCAAAAGGGAGUCGCCGCAGCCAUGCUCUGCCCCCGUUGGAAGGCCGGCCGCUGGACUUGAGCCCGGAUCGUCGUGCCUCUAUCUCCAUAUAUCCCGAAGACGAAGUAGGCCCCAAUCCCCUGCGUCGAGCGUCCGAUGGGUCGGUCCAGGAGGAAAGACCGACCACCUCUGCUUCCAACGACACAUAUCGACAAGCACAAGCCGCGUUCAAUGACUUUGACGGAGUGCAUUACGGCGAUCCGACGUCCCACGAAUCAGCUGCCGCCAUAUCACGACGUAUCUCUCUCAAUCACCCUCCGCUUGCACGGGACUCGAAGGCUUAUAAAGAACCUCAACCGGGAGAAAGAAUGAUCUACUAUCCGGCGCCAGUUCCAGUCAUGUUGAACCUACCACAGAGACUUUCAAAGUUCAACAUUAGUGAACGAGACAAACGUCGGCUCCAGGCGCUCAGUGGCAUCCCAGAUGAUGUGCGGAAGUCGGCUGUCUGGCUUCGAGAGGAAGACAAUGCCAAAUUGCAAGGUCAAAGCAACGGAUUCAAAUUACCCCCCCAGCUGCGGGCUAGCGCCUUCUUCGAGCAGCCCAGUGUCACUCAAGACUUACAGCUCAAAAAUGGCUCAGCUGUGCAGACAUUGGACAGUAUCUUAGAUGCCGCUGCACACGCUCCUGUCUCUGCAUUCACUGAUCAUCCAAUUGCCGGGCAUCUCGGAAAGGAAGUGUAUGGUCCAGAUGACUCUCCUCGGAAGAGUGUGCAAUUAGCCGAAGGGAAAGCGAAGAAACGUCGAAGUUCUAUUAGUACAAUGCUUAAGACGAGACGAUCAAGCACUGCCCUUUCCAGCUCGGGGCUGCUGCGUUCAAAAUCAAGAGGCUCUCAAAAUCUGGACGUUGAGGACCAAGCGAGCGGGGACGAACUUGACCGAGCGGCAGCGGAGUCGAUAUCACCGGACGCUGACGAGAUAUCUGAUGAAGAGGAGGACAAGAAUGUCCCCCCGCCAGGAUUUUCGACGGCGCCGACGACUCUCCUUGCCGAGUUACAGAUGCGUAAGGAACAACAGAAAUUACGCAAUCGUACUGCCGCAGACGCUUUCCCGAAUGGCAUGCACUCGACUUUGCUUGAGCUGGACGCUGUUACUCAGCUUCAGCAGAGAGCCCGAAAGACUAAGCAUGUCACUUUGGCUUGGGAGGAUCACGAUGAAGCGAAUAAACAAAACUUCGAUGAUGAGGAUGUACCCCUCGGUGUCCUCUUCCCAGAAAAGGAGAGAGCAGAACAUGCGAAUACCAAUCGACCAAUCGGGCUCCUAGAGAAGCGGGAGCUGGAGGACAACGAGCCUUUGAGUCAACGACGAGCGAGGUUGCGAGGCGGGCCGCUUCAGACUGCAAAAUCCGAGGUAAAGAGCCAGAUCGAGGAGGAAAGCCGGCCUCCUUUCAUUGAAGAUGUACCGGGUCUUACUCAAGAACCUCUGCCCGAAGACGAAGAUGAGACUCUAGCUCAGAGGGCAGCAAGGAUGAAGCUGGAGAAAGAGAAGGGCACUGGAGGCCAAUUUACGGAAGAGUUGACCUCUCAAUUAGGUCUCAACAGUACCAACAACGCACCCCUGCCGUCAAAGACUCCAGAUGUGGAGGAAACAUUAGCACAGAGGCGAAAGAGGUUGAAGGAGGAAGCAUCCGCCAAUCCGCAGGCCCAUCAACAAGUCAAACCCAUGCAUAGUCUCGCCGAUUUGCUCCAAGCUCAUCCAGUGGGUGCCCAGUCGAAACCAGCUCAGCCUAUGACCAAUUCGAACCAGGUAUACACCUCGAUGCAAAACCCAAGUUGGGGUUAUCCUCAGCAAAACAUCGCCUUUAAUGGGUCUUAUGGAUAUCCGAACAACGUUGGGUACAUGAACAGAGGAUUUGGCGCCCCGUUGCCCACCUACAUGCAGCAGACAUAUCCUUACGCAUAUGGCAACCAGCCAUACAUACCAGACCCAAUGAUGGGCCCACCUUUGGAUCCCAAACAGCGGGCGCAGAUCGAUCGCUGGCGGCAGAGUAUUGUACAAUGAUUGCAUUAGUCUGGCGCAUUGGUUUUGUCAUGUAUCUCUAUGGUCCUCCGUUAUUGGGUAUCGUCCAAGGAAGAAUUGGAAGCAGGGGACCAACCACUCUCACUGGAGCUUCUAAUCACUUGGAUGGAAUAAUGAAGACAAUGUACGAUUAGCAUGAGCAAGACACGACCAGACCGGUGCUAAGGAGUAUCGGUAUCACGGUUGGACGGACAGGAGGGGGCCGUUAUUAAUGCUUAGGGUAGAGGUAUGCUGUAUGGACAAGAUGUCUGCACGGGUAAUUUCCACGUGGC